AUGUGCUUCUUCCUUUCAGAGAACCGGGUUAUUCACCUUCGACCUGACCAGGAAACAGAUCGUCGACAUUUUAUCGAUCCUGAAACAGGUUCUGACCUAGAAAUCCUCGACACUCAACUUCUCUUGGACUGGCUGGCGCUCAAUUAUCGGUCAUUUGGGACUACGUUAGAAAUAGUCACGGAUAAGUCGCAGGAAGGAGCUCAGUUUGUCCGUGGUUUUGGUGGCAUUGGUGGUAUUUUGCGCUACCAAGUAGACUUCAACCACUUGGCGGGUGGUGAUGUUGAUUUCGAAGAUGAUUUCAAUCUUGAUGAUUACUGA